AUGGGAGAGUUACCUUUCAAAUAUCUGGGUGUUCCCCUAGCUUCAAAGAAAUUAAACUUCUCUCAAUGUAAAGUUCUGGUAGAUAAAAUUACUGAUAGAGCACAAGGGUGGAUAGCCAAGACACUUUCUUAUGCUGGUAGGCUACAGCUUGUGAGAAGCAUCCUCAGUUCAAUGCGAAAUUACUGGGCUCAGUUGUUCACUCUUCCCAAGAAACUCAUAAGAGCAGUUGAGGGUGUGUGCAGAAAGUUUUUGUGGACAGGGAAGACAUUGGAUUCUAAGAAAGCACCUGUGGCAUGGGCUACUUUUUACAAUCCAAGAGCUGAUAAAUUAUGGGUGCAAUGGGUGAAUGAAUACUAUAUGAGAAGAAGUGAUGUCUAUUCUGUUGCUAUUAGCAACAGUAUGUCAUGGCAACUCAAGAAGAUUCUGACAUCUAGAGAGCUGCUGCAGGAGCUAGGAGGGUGGAAUUCAGUGAUGCAUAAUGGCAAAUACAGCAUUAAAAAAUCUUAUAAGUUAUUGAUGGGGUCUUUUGAGAAGAUAGGAUUAGCAAAUGGAACAUACCAUGUUCUCUCAUUUGUAAAUUGUGUGAUGUUGAAGAUGAAACCAUUCAACCAUUUGUUCUUUAAAUGUGACUAUGCUGCAGCAGUAUGGCAAGCAAUUCAUAGCAAGCUACACUGGGACUAUCAUUUUCAGUCUUUUGGUGAAGAGGUAAGGAAGGCCAAGACUAAGGCUCGUGGGCAAAGUAGACAUGCUAGGCUUUAUGUUAAGCUAUUUACAGAGGCCAUUUAUGCAAUUUGGCUUCAAAGGAACAAUAAAGUGUUUAAUGAUACUUUAGUGCCUGCUCAUGUUCUAGUCAAAGAGAUUGUUUUUAGGACUGCUUGUAAUUGUCCUGAAAAUGAAAGGACUUUGUCAUUGCACGAUAUGAGAUCUUCGGAGGACAUACUCUGGGUGCGACUUGAAGGUCUUGCUUUUUUAUUUACUCAGCCAAAGGUCGCUAAGAAAGCGUUCAUGCAGAUAGGUAGAGUCAUAUUCUUUGAUGAUAUUACUAGGUCUCAAGAUCAACCUACUUGUCUGCGAGCAUGUGUUAGAGUGAAUUUGGAUCGUACCCUUAUUCCAGGGUUCUUCAUCUAA